AUGGACUCCAGCGCUCCACGCUCGUCGUCGCGUCCUCGGCCAACCUCCCGCCCGACCACGCCGUUGCGCCCCAGCUCGCGCUCGUCGAUUCGCGACUCGCACGGCUUCGGGGCCAGUGUUGAUGGCGGCGCGCACGCCGACCCCGCGGUCAACGCGCUGGAGCCGCAGUUUGCAGAGCUGGCCGACUCCAUGGCCGACCUGGAGGCCAAUUUCAUGCAUCUGCAGCUGAUGCACGAGAGCCUGGCGCGUUUUAGCGAGAGUUUUGCCAGUUUUCUGUAUGGGCUGAAUAUGAACGCGUUUUGCGUCGACUUUCCGGAGGCUCCGAUUUCCGAAUCCUUCAAGCGCGCGCAGACCAAGGCAAAGCAGGAGGCUGAGGCUAGCAAAAUCGGACACGAUGCCGACGCAACAUUCAUGACCACGGACACAUCCUUUAUCGAUAAUCCACCGACUACAGUGUCGUCCAAAGCCACGCCAUCCACUCGAGGACGCGGGACAGCCUCUAGACGCGGCACGACUGGCAACCGAUAUAGCACACGAGGAACCGGAACAGCGAGAUCACGGCCGAGUGCGCUGCCACGCGGAAGAGGCUAUCGCUGA